CUCGCCGCUAAUCAUACUUAUAUUCUAACUUUAUGGUUUCCAUCUUCAUUGAUAAGGGCUAGCUUAAAAUAAAAUAAAGAAAGAAAACAUAUACCCGUAACACAGCCUUUCUCCCCAAUUUAGAGGUAGGUUUUCACAGUAAAUAAUCCCUCCUACUUCCCUCCCCUUCAUACUAUUUAUGUUUAAAAGUACAAGUGAAAACAUCUAGGGACUCCCACUUUUCUCUCAUCUUUUCCCUUCACCCCAUUUUCCCUAGUUAAGCGACAAAGGGUUAGGGGUGUUUAAACGGUGUGAUUACCUACCUGGUAACCAUUUUAACAGUAGUAUUUGAUAACGGUUUCGUUUGAUUAAAUUUUUUAUCUUGUUUGAUUUAGGUGGUUUGGUUUCAAACAUUCCUAACAAUUCAAACCAAAUUAACUAGUUAAGUAAUUAGUCAUAUAUCUCAUAAAUAUUAUGUACACAUACUUAAUAUUUUGCAUAACCACUCAAGUGUUAAACGUCCUCCCUCUUAGGUUCAUAAAAAGUAAAAUUCAAUAUUGUUCAUAUACUAUAUAUUUGUAUUUGUAGAGUGUAGACCACAACAUAUGGACUCUUAUUUUAGAAAAAACUCGUACAAUAUGUUGGAUGAAAACUUGAAACUUGAAAGGAAGGUCUGUUUCAUCCUAUGACAAUUGCUAAGAGAAUACGUCAAUUUACAAAAUACAACAAUUCAUUAACCCCAUUCCAUUGAUAUAUAUAUUAUGUUACGUGAAUACUUCUAUUGACAAUAAGAUAAUUGUAUUAGUAACAUGCAUUUUUCGGCGUCGCCGGCCGUCGUCACCCCCGUCGCCGGCCACUUUCCGGCGGGUUUUCCAUCGACUUUCCGGCUGAUUUUCCGGCGAGCUUCCCGGGCAAUUUUUUGCUCCUUUUCGCGUCCCUCACCCAUUUCUUUGCGUCGCGUCUACAGUUCCACUUGAGUUUCCAGGUGUGUUUCUUGUUAACUAUUCUCUUUCUGGAAAAAAUCGAACUGUAGAUUGUAGGACCGAGAACUGUGUUUGCCUGGCAUGAUUGAAUUAGGAUAGGGUGAGGGAUGCCUUGAGUAUGAAUGGCUAUGGCUAUUGUGUGUGUGCUGCCCGUGUGAUUGAAUUGGUCGGUUAUGUUUGAUUCUUGCCUUGAUUAUGGUUGAGUGCUUGCGAUUCAACCGGUUAUGGUUAAAACUGUUAGCCUAGGUGGUCCUUAAGUGUGGGGGAAGUGAUGAACCCAUACUGUUGGUCCUGACGAGUUUUUUCUUGGCUCCACCUUUGGUAUGUUGAUUUUGCAGGAGCAUGUCACUCGAACAUCUGUUCGUGCAGGACCUACGCCUGCACCCGGAUUACGCGGACCAGUUCCCCAAGGUCACCCGCGGGAAACUAGAGCGCCACCACCAUAUGGAGUGGGGAGUAUUCGAGCAGCUCCAUUGCUUACAUGAGCUCUCCACCGCCAUCAGCCACCACGAUUGGCGGACGUUGCUGACUAUCGAAGAGCCCACCUACACCUAGCUGGUGUGGGAGUUCUACACCACUUUCCACUACCGCCCCAAAGCGGCCCGAGACUCCCACGCAGUUACUUUCAGGCUGGGUGGCCACCCACGGGAGCUAACCAUUGACGGGUUGGCCUACACCAUGGGGAUCCAGUACCACCCCUUCUCGCGCCACGAGGUCAAGGUCCUGAACCCGACAGACUGGAACCAGGAUGCAUUUUACCGCCAAAUAGCCAGAGGCGCCUAUGGGUACGACUACUUCUACGCCGGCCAGACAUCCGUCCGCACCCUCAAGCCGCAGUGGCACAUCCUCAAUCUGCUGAUCACCCGCUCCAUCGUCCCCAAUGUCACCGGUUCGCACAAGACCCCGAAGCCGGUGCUCUACGCCAUGUACUUGAUGGGGUACCCGGAGCAUAUGCUGCACUUGGGUUCUUUCGUGGCUACCACUUUCUCUCGGUGCCACGGGAAACCCAACCAUCUCUUCUGUGGUCCCCUGACCACCCGCCUGGCACGCCAUUUCGACAUCGACUUCGAGGGACUCACGAAUUCUUCUGCACGGGGCGACUCCACCCCCCUCAGCCGGGACGUGCUUCACAAUGCACUCCUCCUGACCACUGAUGGCACCCGCUCCUGGGUGGAUGGGCUCUCCAUGCCCCCUGAGGAGGAUGAGGAUCUCGAUGAGGACGAGGAGGACGAUGACUACUCCGGCGGAGAAGAGGAUGAUGGCGGGGCCAUGGAUGCUGAUGAGCCGGAGCCCCCACUCUCUCCACCAGGGGACCUUCAGCCACGACGGAGACCCGAGAGAGGCGAGUCCUACUCCGAUCCUUUUGGUCUGUCGAUGGCUUCUGGCCCGUCGAUGGACUUCUGCACGGAGUAGUUCCAGCAGAUGGGGCUCCAGUUCCAGUAGCUCAGACUUCAGAACCGGCAGCUCAUGGAUCAUCAGUUCCAGUUCUACAAGCAGUAUUCGGCCCACCAGACCGAGUACCAGUCCAGGCUGACAGUUGUAGACGAGCGCCUCGAUCGGAUGGAGGCCCAAAUGGGAGUCACUGGUGCUCUCAUUGAGCGAGAGUGGGAUCGCAGCCGCCAAAUGAUGGAGUACCAGGAGAAUAUGCUCCAGUCCUGUCACCCGCCAGAGGAGCACCACUGGACCACACGGUGGGACCACUCACCACCCCCACCACCACUGACAGAUGGAGUCGACGACCUCAUGGACCAGAUCGACUUCACCGGGCUCGAGUUGGCUGUAUUCGUGGCCCCAUUUUGUGUUGUUUUCGUUUUUGUCAGAGUGCAAACUGUCUUGUGUGUUGGUUUAUUUUCUUUCUUUUUAUUUUUCUUUUGGAUGAUGUACUAUUGGGCUGACCAUUGGACCUAACAGAUUGUGUUUGAGUUCUUUUGUUCCCUUUAGCUGUGCUUUGUCCAUGACUGGUCCCCUCUCUAGUCCGCUUCACUCCGACUGGUCCCCUUUCAGUCUCAUGCAGUCCGUGCACAUCGGUAACAUCGUUCUCCUUAUCCUUCCCUCUUCUCCAUUGAGAGCUAUGUCGAUCUUAAGUGUGGGGGGGGGGAUGUUUCUCUUUUGACUGCAUUAGAUCUGUUUGUGUGAUUGGAGCCUAGUCCACUGUCCAAAUUUCGGUUUGAGGGCCCCAAGUACAUGUUUCCUUGCAAAUUGCCUGCUCAGUAUGCUUUGAAUUGACAGUAUCUAUAGUAAUGUGCAACCUAGGGAGGUAGUGUAGCACUAUGGAGGAUGUUGAAGUAUAAGAUUUUUCCUAUCUAGUUCUCUGCUGUGCCAAUUGAUUUUGUGAAUUAGUGGAGCUAAGACCAAUGAAUUCAUGUGGUAAUGGUGACUCUGUUUGGAUUGUGUUAUGGACUCGUGUAUCGAACAUGGUGCUCAUGUGGAAAAUGAAAAGCAGUUCGUCCUCCAUGUCGAAAUCAAUGAAAGCUUAAAACAUGGGAUAAGCCCAACGUGUGCGGAACCGUUCAUUGCACAAAAUCGGGUUUUGGAGGAGAUUUUAGUGAUCCUUAUGGGUUACUCCUACAAGGUGAAGCUAAGCUGUCUCUAGUACAAGUAAAACUUCCACCCGUUGAACGGUUUGCCUACUUGAGGAUGUGUUUUUAAGGGCACGGAUAGAGCUUCCGACCCCCCUUAAUUUCAUUGACCCUCCACACGAGUUGAGGAAAAGGAUUUAAAAGAAGUACUCUGGCGAGCGCCAGAUGUACAGAAAUUGCUCUUGCUCGACUAAUAAGGGUCGACCGUGCAAAAGACUGCAGUUGGAACCCCCGCUAAGUGAAUGAAAAAAGAACAAGAGAAAUGUAAAUGAAAGUGCAAAAGAAGGGGUUCCAACGGUGAAAUGAAGUGAAAGAGCACCC